CCUGCAAUUGCCACGGACAUGCCACUGAUUGCUACUAUGAUGCUGAUGUUGAUCAGCGUCGAGAAAGUUUAAACAUCCAUGGGCAUUAUGAAGGUGGAGGAGUCUGCAUUAACUGCCAGCAUAACACAGCUGGUAUUAACUGUGAGAAGUGUGCAGAGGGUUACUAUCGUCCUUACGGUGUUCCAGCAAGAGCUCCUGAUGGCUGUAUACCCUGCAGCUGUAACUCGGAGCAUGCAGAGGGCUGUGAGGAAGGCUCUGGCCGCUGCCUCUGUAAGCAGAAUUUCCAAGGAGAAAAUUGUGAACGCUGUGCUGAUGGAUUCUAUGGUUACCCGUUUUGUUUCCGUAUUCCUGUAUAUCCUUUUACUACUCCAAAUCCAAGAGAUGCUAUGGCUGGUGACAUAAUUGUGUGCGAAUGUAACUCAGCAGGUACCCAGCCUGAAGUCUGUGAUUUUCUUGGAAGGUGUCUUUGUCGCUCUGAGGUAGCUGGACUUCAGUGUGACAGCUGUCAGCCUGGCCACCACUCGUUCCCUGCCUGUCAAGCUUGUGAGUGCUCUCCCGAUGGUUCCCAGCACGGUACAUGUGAGCCAAUGGUGGGGCAGUGCAAGUGUCGAACGGGCGUCACAGGGCGGCAGUGCGACAGAUGCCUUUCUGCAGCCAACAGCUUCCCCAGCUGCGAAGGUGUCAACAGUGAAUGUGACCCUUCAGGUAGCAUUGGUUCUCAUUCUGGCUAUUGUCAAUGUCUUCAGCACGUUGAAGGUCCUACCUGUAGUAAAUGCAAACCGCUGUACUGGAACCUGGCCAAAGAGAACCCUGAGGGAUGUACAGCGUGCCAGUGUGAUGUGAGUGGAACACUAAGUGGAGUUGGAGAAUGUCAGCAGGAAAAUGGGCAUUGUAAUUGCAAGUCUAAUGUUUGUGGAGAUUCCUGUGACACUUGCGAAGCUGGUUACUACGCUCUUGAAAACAAGAAUUAUUUUGGCUGCCGAGGCUGCCGCUGUGAUGUUGGAGGAUCCCUCAGCCUGGUGUGUGCCGAGCCCUUGGGUAGCUGCCAGUGCAGGGCGCAUGUCGUGGGGACCACCUGUCAGGAACCUGAAAAAAACUAUUUCUUCCCUGAUCUACACCACAUGAAGUUUGAGAUUGAAGAUGGUACUACUGUCAAGGGAAGAGAAAUCCGGUUUGGCUAUGAUCUCCAGGAAUUUCCUAGCUUCAGUUGGAGAGGAUAUGCCCAGAUGUCCUCUAUACAGAAUGAAGUGAGGAUAACUUUGAAUGUGGAAAAAUCAAACCUCUACUUAUUUCGCGUUAUCCUGAGGUAUAUUAACCCUGGAGGUGAAACAUUAUCUGGUCGCAUAUCUGCUUGUCUAUCUCAGCCUGAAACAGGGGCUGUUCAGAGCAAAGAAUUUGUCUUCCCACCCAGCAAGGAGCCAGCUUUUGUCACAAUCCCAGGAAAAAGCUCCACAGAGGCUUUCUCACUGGUUCCAGGCACAUGGACUGUCAGUAUAAUGGCAGAGGAAGUCCUCUUGGAUUAUUUGGUGCUGUUACCCAGUGAUUACUACGAAGCAUCCAUCUUGCAGAUAGGAGUUACAGAGCCUUGCACCUAUCCUGGACAUGCUUCAACAGAGCAGUCAGUCAAUUUACAGAUGACCAUAAAUGUUCCUCAAGUUGGUCGCUAUGUUCUGGUUUUUGAAUAUGCCAAUGAAGAAGAUCGUUUAUACACUGCCGAGGUAAUAGUACAUAGCCCUGGACCUGUCACUCAAGGCAGGGUGAGAAUAUACAGUUGUAAAUACAGCAUUGUACUUGAUGACAGGAAUCGCAUUGCAGUCUAUGACCUUCUAGCAGACACAAAGAUACAUCUUAAGGCAUCAUCAAUUAAUUUUCUUCUG